GACAGCUCCUGCUCCAUACAGAGUCCCUGGAGCACUAUCUCUGGAGAAGCCUGGGUGACACCAGGACUGCUGUCACCAGCAUUCUGCCGUGCAGGUGCUGUCUUGCUGCCAGGAGGUGAAAGGAGGCUGUAGCAGAGCAUUGGAGACACUGCUUGAGAAGUGUUGAGGAGAAGAAGAGGAGCAGAGGGGUUUUGUUGAAGGAAAAGCAGCUCUUCCCCAACUGUUGCAGUGCAGCAGGGCAAAGAUGCAGAAGUACCUGCUCUAUAACGCUGUGGAGCCAGAGGAGCUCCCAAUUCUCAAGGAGCUCAGCACCAUAGAAAUCUGCAAAGUCUGGUCUGGAAUGUCUCGGCACAUCUACAGACAGCUCUUGAAGAGGAAGGCAGUGGAGAUUGGAGUUGGGAGUUUUGCGGUUGUCCCAUCACAUGCCAGUGUGGCAGAGGGCAAAGUUUUGCCUGUUGAGAGACCUAUGUUCGUUCUGAGCAAGACUCUGAAGAUGUUUUACAACCUUGAGAGUGAUGAGACCAAAAUUCCUGAUGAGACACCUGUUGUUCAGCCAGACUUUGAAGAGAUCGCUGCAAACACUCACUUUCGCCAGGAAAUUGUGGAGCAGUGUGUACAGGAGACCCUGCUUUGCUUUGCUGGGGCCCUCCGAGACAACAAAGAGGUGGAAUUCACAUUCAGGGGCAUCGGUAUCCUUGCUGUGCGAACAAAAGUGGUCAGCAUGACCUUCUUUGAUAGCUGCCUCCUGGAGAUGGAUACAACAGGAAACAUGCUGAAAGCCCUUCUCGAGGACCCCAACAUGAUGACCAUUGUUGCCUUUCCGGGCCAAAAUAAUUUUAGUCGGGUCAGUCAAGAUGAGGUUGUCAUGCUGCCAAGUUUUGUAGCCGAGACCCCGCACCAGCCAUUGGCCCCGCUGGUUUCCCUGAAGCCCAGAAGAGAGUCGGCGCCUUGGGGUGGGGGUUGUCGCAGAGUAAGUGUGCUGGAUCCAGUGUUCCUGGCUCGGCGGAGGGUUUCUCAGGCCAGUCAGCAGUCGAUGGACAUGGAUCACGCUAGAGACAAGGAAGUUGGUCACGAUGGGUACCUGCCCGUAAUCCAGGAGAAGACCCAGACAAUGCUGAAGCACCCCACAUCUCCAGUUCAGGAGGGGUUGAAGGUCUCUGCAAGUACUUCCCGACCCUCAAAAGCGAGGAUGCACCCCCUCUACACUGAGAAGGAAGAAAGAGAGCUCCAGCUGCUGCUGGCAUCCAAGCGCCAUGAGGUGGAAGCAGAAGUGUAUCGCAAAUACUUUGGCAACCGAGCGAUCGCUGAGCGAGGACAGACCUCCUGCCCCUAUGUGUUUGAGGAUCCCUAUCGCCCUUCCCACCUCUUGAGAAAGGCCUACGCCGAGAAGCUGAAGGAGAUGGGGCAGAGCACCUCGGAGGGGCAGGCAGAGUCUCAGCUCUCCAGGAAAGUACUGGAAGACAAGGGUGUGCAGACGGGUCUGUUGGAACGCUGAGGAGAAGGACCAGCGACUGCCAGCCCUGCCAAGAAGCUGCAAGCAGCCCUGCAGAGGCUGUUGUCUCAGCAUUCAUCUUUUCCAACAGGAGAGCUGCCAGGAAUGGGUGGCAGGGGCAAGAGCUGCCUUAGCUAAGGAGCGUUUGCCAAAUAAAGGUUGCUGGCACCUGA